AUACUCACAUGUGGUCUGAUAAAAACCAACUUGAUACUUGUGGAUUAUGCCCAAAAUCUCAAUUCAAUUUGAACCUCAAAAUCCCUCAAUGAUUUCUCUUUCUUUGGGACCCAUGUCAACGUCCAUCCACGAAGAUUUCAUUUUCCCUCUUUCUCUGUCCAUGGUUUCUUCGAUUUUUUCAACACUACUAGAAGUAGAACCUCCUAUCAUUGAUCAUUCACUUGUGUCUCCUCCAAAUCUUUUAAUUUCCUUAAUUGGGUUUCUUAAUCUUAUAGUUCCCUCAACUAGGUCGAUCCCAUUUUUCAGUAUAAUCGUUCCCACAUCUUGAAAUAAGUAGUUAAGUUUAUAUUUACUCUGUUUUUUCGUUGAGGCGUUUUAUCGAGCACUUCGAUGGUCUCUCUUGGGUCUCUUCCAUGUGUUAUAGAAACAGGGGCAGGAAGUUCUGUUCUUGUUCAUAGCAGAAGGCAACAUCGACCCAGGUCUGUUUUUGCCACAUUUAGGCCAAAAAAGUCUCCCGUUUUCGGAGUGUUUAAUAAUUCAAUUUUUCAUUUUUCCUUGUGUUCUGAUAAAAGAGGACAUUUAUGGAGGAUUAAGCAUGUUAAAGCAACGGGAGGUGAAAGUGGCAAUGGAUAUGAGGAUUCACUUGAGGCCACCAUUGAGAAAAGCAAAAAGGUUCUUUCUAUGCAAAGACACCUUCUUCAACAGAUAGCUGAAGGAAGGAAAUUGUUAUCAUCCAUAAAAAGUAGCAUUGCUGAUCCAGAAGAAAGUGAAAUUUCAAAUGAACAAAGGGAGAACUCUUUUCCGGAUUUAAAUCUCACUGCAACAAGUGGUAGCAAUGCUCUUGAAGUCCAAAAUGGUAGCCUACUCUCAAGCAGAUAUGCUAACUCAACUGCCAGUGAGGUACCAGAAUUGAUGUCUUCAGCAGUUACCAGAGGUCCUAAUGUAGGUGCGAAAGCAUCUGGUCAGAAGAAGGAAGAAUACCUCUCUUCAGCUGUUACCAGAGGUUCUGAUGUAGGUGGGAAGGCAUCUGGAAAAAGUUUGUCUCAUAAAGAGGCAUCCUUUAAUAUAGACGCCCCCAAACACUUGAAAGGCACUGAUACAGGGUCAGCAAUGUCCAGUGAACAGCCAUCUUUCCUUUCAUGUACCUCUGAAACUUCCACUCAGAGGGAUGAAGAGUGUGAAAAUUUGGAAGAUCCAAGUUUACAAGGGCUUACUAGUGAAACAAGUGAUCAUGUCACUAAAGAUGUGAAAUCCCCUUCAUUGGCUGGAGCAAAAGCCAUUCCUGACAAGUUGAAAGACACUAAUUCUAAGACAGGUGAACUGCCAUCUUUUCUUCAGCUUACCCCAGAAACUUCCCUCCCAAAGGGUGAAGAGCAUGGAGAUUCAAGGGGUUCAAGUUCACAGGCUAGUGAGGCCACUGAUUCUGCUAUUGAAGAUGCAAAACCCCCUCCAUUGGCUGGAGCAAAUGUCAUGAACAUUAUAUUGGUAGCUGCAGAAUGUGCUCCAUGGUCUAAGACAGGUGGGCUUGGAGACGUUGCUGGGGCUUUACCAAAGGCUUUGACCCAACGUGGACACAGGGUCAUGGUUGUGGCGCCACGAUAUGGCAAUUAUGCUGAAGGCCAGGAUUCUGGAGUCCAGAAAAGGUAUAAGAUGGAUGGCCAGGAUAUGGAAGUAUCGUAUUACCAGGCCUAUAUUGAUAGUGUGGAUUUUGUUUUCAUCGAUAGUCCUUCGUUCCGCCACAAGGAGAAUGAUAUUUAUGGAGGAAGUCGGGAGGAUAUAUUAAAACGCAUGGUAUUGCUUUGCAAGGCAGCUGUUGAGGUACCUUGGCAUGUUCCAUGCGGUGGUGUCUGCUACGGGGACGGAAAUUUGGUUUUCAUUGCAAAUGAUUGGCAUACUGCACUGCUUCCUGUGUAUUUGAAGGCAUAUUAUCGAGACAAUGGUUUAAUGACAUAUACAAGAUCCGUGCUUGUUAUUCAUAACAUAGCGCACCAGGGUCGGGGGCCUGUGGAAGAUUUUUUCUGUACGGACCUGCCGCCACAUUAUUUGGACCUUUUCAAACUUUAUGAUCCUGUCGGAGGUGAGCACUUCAAUAUCUUUGCAGCUGGUUUAAAGACAGCUGAUCGUGUAGUGACUGUUAGCCAUGGAUAUGCGUGGGAGCUUAAAACUGUUGAAGGUGGUUGGGGUUUGCACAAUAUCAUAAACGAAGUUGGCUGGAAAUUGAGUGGCAUAGUGAAUGGGAUUGAUGCAAAAGAGUGGAGCCCACAGUAUGAUGUCCACCUUACAUCAGAUGAUUACACUAAUUACUCACUGGAGACGCUGCAAACGGGCAAGCCACAGUGCAAGGCAGCCUUACAGAAAGAGCUCGGUUUGCCUGUUCGUGAGGAUGUCCCACUGAUAGGUUUCAUUGGGAGGCUUGAUCACCAAAAAGGUGUUGAUCUCAUAGCCGAGGCUAUUCCAUGGAUGAUGGGGCAGGAUGUGCAACUAGUCAUGCUGGGUACCGGCAGAGCAGACUUAGAACAGAUGCUGAGGAACUUUGAAAACCAGCACAGAGACAAAGUCAGGGGAUGGGUUGGGUUCUCUGUGAAGACUGCUCACAGGAUAACUGCAGGCGCUGACAUUUUGCUAAUGCCAUCUAGAUUUGAGCCUUGUGGAUUGAACCAGCUCUAUGCCAUGAGUUAUGGGACAAUUCCAGUUGUUCAUGCUGUUGGUGGAUUGAGAGACACUGUGCAGCCGUUUAAUCCAUACAAUGAGUCAGGGCAUGGUUGGACGUUCGAUAGCGCAGACGCAAGUAAGCUGAUACAUGCAUUAGGAAACUGUUUAUGGACUUAUCGAGAUUACAAAGAGAGUUGGCAAGGCCUCCAGAGAAGAGGGAUGAUGCAAGAUCUCAGUUGGGACAAUGUCGCACAGAGGUAUGAGGAGGUCCUUGUCGCCGCCAAGUACCAAUGGUGAGUCUUCAGAGUUUUGAUGUCUGUAAUUUUGACUCUUUGCAAAGUUGAGUUGUCCUGUAAAGUUUGGUGCCCCCAAUCUUGAGGCGAGCUGUGGUUGACGCUUAACAGAAAAAUAUGGUUUUACGUCACUCUCUUGAGCAUUUUUGGGCUAGUUAAGGAGGCCUAGUUGUUCCAUUACAAGCAGUGUAAUUAGCUUUAUAACAUGUAACAAAUUUUAUCAUUUCUUGUUGUGAUAAAAAUUGUAUGUAGUGUAAAAUCUUGGUGAUUGUAAUGUUUAAUUUCACACAAGUAAAUAAAAUAUGAACUUUAAAUGUUAUCCUCA